CACGAAGUCUGAAGGUUUACCUUAACGUGCAAUAUUGAACAUCGUACCAUUUGUUGCGGGAAGUCCCCCAUGACCUUUCCCAGACUCAUAUGCUCUACAAGAUGUUUGGCCGUAGCUAGGAUUUGUGCUACGAACUUCCAUACAUUUGGCUACAAUGCCUCCUACAAAGUGGUUGCUCAACGUCCAAAAGAGGAAUGUCUGCAAACUGGACUUGAAAUGAUAACAAAGUAUCUCAUGCUGGCAGAUAUAUUUAGGGGCCUCUCCGUUACUUUGGGUAUGAUUUUCAAAGAACCUGCAACUAUAAACUAUCCCUUUGAGAAGGGGCCUCUAAGUCCUAGGUUUCGAGGUGAACAUGCUCUUCGUCGCUACCCAAGUGGUGAGGAGCGCUGUAUUGCGUGUAAGCUUUGUGAAGCUAUAUGCCCUGCACAAGCCAUUACAAUAGAAGCCGAACCGAGGGCUGAUGGAAGCAGAAGGACGACUAGAUAUGACAUUGAUAUGACGAAGUGCAUUUACUGUGGUUUUUGUCAGGAAGCAUGUCCUGUCGAUGCUAUCGUUGAGGGGCCAAAUUUUGAAUACUCCACUGAGACGCACGAGGAAUUGCUCUACAACAAGGAAAAAUUGCUACAAAAUGGUGACCGAUGGGAAGUUGAAAUUGCUGAAAACCUGAAAGCAGAUUAUGUUUAUCGUUGACAUAUUUUUACUACAAGCGACUACUGAGAGUAUUUUAGUCAAAUAAUUUCAUUUUCAAACAACUUGCAGAAACUUUUCUUACUGAGUUAAAAGUUGUUUAGGUACCUAAAUAUAAAAUAAAGUAGCUGCUUUAAAUGU